CUGUAGCCUCCCCGCUCACCCGCCCCCCCUGAGCGCUUUGCUUUGCGCAUGUGCAGUAGCGAGUGGCGCGAGCCCGCGGUUUCCGACUGGAGAGAGCAUGAUGCAAGGAGAGGGAAGCCCUAGUACUUCCCUUAUUGACAGAACCAUCAAGAUGAGAAAAGAAACAGAAGCUAGGAAAGUGGUUUUGGCAUGGGGACUCCUAAAUGUAUCUGUGGCUGGAAUGAUAUAUACUGAAAUGACUGGAAAGUUGAUUAGUUCAUAUUACAAUGUGACAUAUUGGCCCCUGUGGUAUAUUGAGCUUGCCCUUGCAUCUCUCUUCAGCCUUAAUGCCUUAUUUGAUUUUUGGAGAUACUUCAAGUAUACUGUAGCACCAACAAGUCUGGUUGUUAGUCCUGGACAGCAAACACUUUUAGGAUUGAAAACAACUGUUGUACAGACCACUCCUCCUCAUGAUCUGGCAGUCCCUCAGAUCCCUCCCUCUCCACCUUCCCCUUCAAUUCAGGGUCAGAGUGUGUUGAGUUACAGCCCAUCUCGCUCACCCAGUACCAGUCCCAAGUUUACCGCCAGCUGUAUGACUGGAUACAGCCCUCAGCUGCAAGGUCUGUCCUCAAGUGGCAGUGGUUCUUACAGUCCUGGAGUAACCUACUCACCAGUUACUGGCUAUAAUAAGCUGGCAGGCUUUAGCCCUUCUUCUCCAUAUCCUACCACUGUUGGCCCAGUAGAGAGCAGUGGAUUGAGAGCUCGCUACCGUACUUCCCCCACAGUCUACAACUCACCAACCGACAAAGAGGACUACAUGACAGACCUACGGACCUUGGACACUUUUCUUAGAAGUGAAGAAGAGAAGCAGCACAGAGUUAAGCUGGGGAGCCCAGAUUCUACAUCUCCUUCUACCAGCCCAACUUUCUGGAACUACAGUCGUUCUGUGGGGGAUUAUGCACAAACUUUAAAGAAGUUUCAGUAUCAGCUUGCCUGUAGGUCUCAGGCCCCAUCUGCUAACAAAGAUGAAGCUGACCUCAGUUCUAAACAAGCUGCAGAAGAGGUUUGGGCAAGAGUGACUAUGAAUAGACAACUUCUUGAUCACAUGGAUUCAUGGACAGCUAAAUUUAGAAAUUGGAUCAAUGAGACAAUACUAGUGCCACUUGUACAAGAGAUUGAGUCUGUCAGCACCCAGAUGAGACGAAUGGGCUGUCCAGAGCUACAAAUAGGAGAGGCUAGUAUUACUAGCUUGAAGCAAGCUGCCCUGGUCAAAGCCCCUCUCAUUCCCACUCUGAAUACGAUCGUGCAAUAUCUAGAUUUAACACCAAAUCAGGAAUACUUGUUUGAAAGGAUCAAAGAGCUUUCUCAAGGAGGCUGUAUGAGCUCGUUUCGAUGGAACAGAGGUGGAGACUUCAAAGGACGCAAGUGGGACACGGACCUGCCCACUGACUCUGCUAUCAUCAUGCACGUGUUUUGCACCUACCUCGACUCCAGAUUACCUCCACAUCCUAAGUACCCGGAUGGGAAAACAUUUACUUCUCAGCACUUUGUUCAGACUCCAAAUAAACCAGAUGUUACCAAUGAGAAUGUUUUUUGCAUUUAUCAAAGUGCUGUCAACCCUCCUCAUUAUGAGCUAAUCUACCAGCGCCAUGUCUAUAAUCUUCCAAAGGGUAGAAACAAUAUGUUUCAUACAUUGCUGAUGUUUCUCUACAUAAUAAAGACCAAAGAGUCAGGAAUGCUUGGGAGAGUGAACCUUGGUCUAUCUGGUGUAAAUAUUUUAUGGAUUUUUGGCGAAUAGUAGAUCAUCAGUUUGAAACAUUCGCCUUCCAUUUGGUUGUACCAGUUGAAUCUAAGCAUCUUUAGCCACCUCAUCUUUUAAAGUAGGCGUGGGUGUGUAACGUCUACUCUGCAGAACAUUACACAUUUGAUCUUACAUCUUGUUUCAAAAACCUAAGUGAAC